AUGGGAAACCAGCCGUCUAAGGAGAAGGACGGCAAGGGCAAGAGCGGCUCGGAGACACCCACUGGGCCCAGUCUGGACUCCUACCCGUCCUUUAGCAAAUCCGACACGAAAGAGUCAUCGCGCUCCUUCAGAAGUGCUCUACGCACCAAGAUCCCUGGCAAGACCUCCACUGACAGCCCGCGAGCGAGCAGCAGCAAUUUGGCAGGCGCGGAGUCAAACACGAGCCUCGACAAGACUGAUUCGCAGUCCGUCAAGUCAGCCACUGCGGGUCGCUCUGGCAAACACAGUCGCGCAUCAGCAUCUAUAUCUGAGACGCCCCGCAGAGGCAGUUCAGCGGACGAAGAUGAGAAUCAACCACCGCCCUCACCGACCAUGUCCGCCUCGGUUGGAGGUGGACACGGCGAAAUCGAGGAGGCCCAACGCAGCGGAGAAGUAGACGCUGUAUCAGAUGCACCUCCUCAGGGAAACAUUCAUCAAUCGCAUAAUAAAGAGCCCACGGAGUCAAUUUUGGUGAAGCGCCAGCCUAACGGGCAGGGCGCGGCUGCCGCACUCGCAAUUGCAGCAUCCGAUCCAGAGUCACGGUCACCCUCAGCAUCGGGAGACAUGAACAUCGGCGCGCUCAAAGCCUCCGAUCUGGACGAUAUGAUCAAGCGACUCGUGGAUGCAGGCUACGCGGGCAAGGUCACUAAGACUGUCUGCCUCAAGAAUGCUGAAAUUACUGCUAUUUGUAAUGCGGCUCGCGAGCUCUUCCUAUCGCAACCGGCGCUCUUGGAACUAUCGCCACCCGUAAAGAUUGUUGGAGACGUUCAUGGCCAAUAUACCGAUCUGAUCCGCAUGUUUGAGAUGUGCGGCUUUCCUCCUAACAGUAACUACCUCUUCCUGGGGGACUACGUCGAUCGCGGCAAGCAAAGUCUGGAGACCAUUCUACUACUUCUGUGCUAUAAGCUCAGAUACCCGGAGAAUUUCUUCCUCCUAAGAGGCAAUCAUGAGUGUGCGAAUGUCACAAGAGUCUAUGGAUUCUACGAUGAGUGCAAGCGAAGGUGCAAUGUCAAAGUGUGGAAGACUUUCGUUGAUACAUUCAACACACUGCCAAUUGCCGCCAUCGUGGCUGGCAAGAUAUUCUGCGUCCAUGGUGGCUUGUCACCAUCGCUGUCGCACAUGGACGACAUUCGCGGCAUCGCAAGACCGACUGAUGUUCCCGAUUAUGGGUUGCUUAAUGAUCUGCUUUGGUCCGAUCCUGCGGAUAUGGAGGCCGACUGGGAAGCCAAUGAAAGAGGCGUUAGUUACUGCUUCGGCAAGAAAGUCAUCAUGGAAUUCCUGCAGAAGCAUGACUUUGAUCUGGUCUGCCGAGCGCACAUGGUGGUUGAGGAUGGUUACGAGUUCUUCAAUGAGCGAAUCUUAGUCACUGUCUUCUCAGCACCAAACUACUGCGGCGAAUUCGACAAUUGGGGCGCUGUCAUGAGCGUUUCCGGCGAGUUACUGUGCUCCUUUGAACUCCUGAAGCCUCUGGACUCAAGCGCGCUGAAGAAUCACAUUAAGAAGGGGCGUAACAAGCGCAACAGCAUGCUCAAUAGUCCACCGGCCAGCCAGUUCCCACAGAGCUACUAA